GAGAGGGAGAGACGGAAAGAACAGUGACGGCAAGAAAGAGAGUACAUCAAGAAGCUCUCUUGAUUUCUCAAGUUCAUAAGACACAGAGUAAGGAUAUUUACCAGAUUCAGCAUUGAACCUUCAGUGAUGGAACCAACAACAACCCUGGAUUACUAUGACGCUACAAACCCAGAUCCUUCUAUCAUGGAGACUCCUUCCCACAUUUCCUACACAUCUGUCUUCCUCCCUAUCUUUUACACAGGCGUGUUCCUGACUGGAGUGUUGGGAAAUUUCAUCCUCAUGGUUGCUCUGCAUUUCAAACACGGCAACCGAAGAUUGAUUGACAUCUUUAUCAUCAACCUGGCUGCCUCUGACUUCAUUUUCCUUGUCACUGUGCCUCUUUGGAUGGAUAAGGAAGCCUCUCUAGGACUAUGGAGGACUGGCUCUUUCCUGUGCAAAGGCAGCUCCUAUGUGAUCUCGGUGAACAUGCAUUGUAGUAUCUUUUUGCUGACAUGCAUGAGUUUGGACCGAUACCUGGCCAUCAUGUACCCAGCCUUAGCCAGGAGAGUAAGAAGGAGAAGCUGUGCAUAUGCAGUGUGUGCUGUCAUCUGGAUCAUCUCGUGCUUCCUGGGAUUGCCUACUCUUCUGUCCAGAGAGCUCACUCACAUUGAAGGCAAGCCAUACUGUGCAGAGAAGAAACCCACGUCAUUAAAACUGAUAUGGGGCCUGGUAGGCUUGAUUGCCACCUUUUUUGUCCCCCUCCUGAGCAUUGUGACCUGCUACUGUUGCAUCACAAGGAGGCUGUGUGCUCAUUACCAGCAGUCGGGAAAGCAUAACAAGAAACUGAGGAAGUCCAUAAAGAUCAUCAUUAUUGUGGUGGCGGCCUUCACUGUCUCCUGGUUACCCUUUAACACUUUCAAGCUCCUAGCUAUUGUUUCAGGGCUGCAGCCAGAAGGCCAGUUUCCCUCCAUGUCUUUUCAGUUGGCCAUGAACGUGACUGCGCCCUUGGCAUUUGCCAGCAGCUGUGUCAACCCUCUCAUUUACUAUGUCUUUGACAGCUACAUCCGCCGGUCCAUUGUACAUCGUCUGUGUCCAUGUCUGAAGACCCAUGACUUUGGGAGCAGCACUGAGACAUCAGACGGUCACCUCACUAAGGCUCUUUCCAACAUCAUUCAUGCAGAGGAUUUUGUCAGGCGGAGGAAGAGGUCUGUGUCACUCUAAAAGGAGCUUUGACAUUUUAAGCUCUGUUGGCACUCUUAGGAAGCUGGGUUUUGUCAGCAGCAGAGAAAGAGAAAAGCAUUAAAGAUGAAAUUCGUAUUGAUUCAUAAAUCCAAGGAAGUGUUGGCUUUUUCAAAAGCCUCCCCGAAGACCUCUUCUACUGUUGAUCUAAUUAGGACAUAUGCAGCAUUUUCACCUCAUGGUCUUACUUGGUAAUCAAGCCAACUAGACAAAAUACAAACUCCAUUGUCCUUGAACUCAAAGGCUGUUUCCUUCAUGCAUGUCAACACUCCUUUCAAGAGCAUCCACUGUUCAUGUUGGACUGUGUUUGGAAGAGACGCUUUCGUCUGGUAAGAAGGGAUGCUGGAUAUCAAAAACAAAAAUACUUGCAUUCUGUAACUCUCUGUCCCUGAGUUAUUGAGAUCGACUUUGGUCUCAAUUAAUAGUCUUUAUCUGGUGAGUCUUCCUCUCUGUCCUGCAUUGGCUUUCAGGCCAUAGCUUUGGACUAGGGAAAAAAAAGACCCUUAUGAGCCACUGUGCAUUGUGUUUAUGAUUUGAGAGUCGCCUCAUCAACUGAACUGAAAUAUGUUAGCAAGUAUUCAUUGCAUAAGGUUUGACCUUUGCCUUGUGAGAAAUACUGGUAACAAGCCAGCUUAUUAUAUGCUAUGGUAACUGCUUUUUAAAAAGAUUUUAAUACGCUGUUUGUUUUCAUUGCCUUUAUAAAUUAGAAUUUGACUUUGUUGUGAUUACAUGUUUUGAAUUACCUAUCAUCUAGUUAUCAAAUGAAAAUGCUAGUACUACUGUAAUUGGAACUUGGAGGUUUGGGCCCACCCUCAUGCAGAUUAUCACUUAAGGUUCUAAUUAAAAUGUUACUGUGCAUUCUUUUAACAAGUAUUUUACUUGGUGUGUAUAAUUUCAAGAUGGUGUGGGAUGCGCUGUAUCCAGCUGAAAUAAAAGAUCUAUAAGAGAA